AGAGAGCGGUGGCUGGGAGUUCAAUUUGCUCUGAUUUCAGGUCGAUGACAGCGGCUAGCCGCCGUGCGCGGUUGAUCUCCGUUCAACUGAUCGGGAUAGCUUGAUUUUGCUGUUCAGGAUCUUCGAGUUGUCUCUAUUUGUGCAUUUAGAAUACCCCAUUAAUGGAGGAUGGGGGUGCAUCGAGAGUUUCGUCCUUGAGGACGGGUACAGGCGCACUGAAAUCCACAUUGUCUGGUAGAUCAACUCCUCGGGGUUCCCCUUCCUUUAAGCGGUUGAGCUCUGGGCGUACCCCACGCAGAGAUGGUGGUAGGAGUAGUGGCCUUAUUCAUUCCCAGUGCUUCAGAAGCAACAGAAUUAUUCUUUGGCUGCUCUUAAUUACCCUUUGGGCUUAUGGUGGAUUUUAUUUCCAAUCAAGGUGGGCUCACGGGGAUAACAAGGAUGGUAUAUUUGGAAGUUACCAUGGUAACUCGUCCAUUCUUGAAUCCCCUACAGAGCUAAAGAAUGCAGAUUCUGCUUUGUUAGGUAUGCUUGAUACUGACAACAGCCAGUCCAAUUCAAAAGAUGUCGGUGUGACUUUAUCAACCAAGGGCAAUAGUGGUAAUUCAUCAUCUGAUAGAAAUGCAAUUUCUAAGAAGGAAAAGAAAUCAAAGCGGUCUCCACGCAAGAAAAAUCAUGGAAAGCAGAAAGUUGAUAAUCAUGAUGAUGUGCAUGAAGAGGAAAUACCAAAACAAAAUACAACAUAUGGACUGCUUGUGGGUCCCUUUGGUUCGAUAGAGGACAGUAUAUUCGAGUGGAGCCCUGAAAAGAGGUCAGGUACCUGUGACAGGAAGGGUCAGUUUGCACGCCUCGUCUGGUCCAGAAAGUUUGUUUUGAUAUUUCAUGAGCUUUCUAUGACUGGAGCUCCCCUUGCCAUGUUGGAACUCGCAACAGAGCUCUUAAGCUGUGGAGCCACAGUUUAUGUCGUGCCUCUUAGCAAAAGAGGGGGUUUGAUGCCUUUGUUAACUAGGAAAAAGAUCAAAGUUCUUGAUGAUAAGAGUGACAUCAGCUUCAAGAUAGCAAUGAAGGCGGAUCUUAUAAUUGCAGGAUCUGCUGUCUGUGCUUCAUGGAUUGAAAGAUAUGCAGCACGUACAGUGCUUGGUGCUAGUCAAAUCGCUUGGUGGAUCAUGGAAAACAGAAGGGAAUAUUUUGACCGGUCAAAACUAGCAUUCAACAGGGUGAAGAAGCUUAUCUUUCUUUCUGAAUUACAGUCAAAACAGUGGCUAGCCUGGUGCGAGGAAGAACACAUUAAAUUGAAAUCUAAGCCAUCACUUAUCCCACUUUCUGUCAGUGAUGAACUUGCUUUCCCAGCAGGCAUUGCUUGCUCUCUGAAUACUCCCCUCUUUACCACUGAGAAAAUGAUAGAAAAGCGAAAGCUAUUGAGAAAUUCUGUGAGAAAUGAAAUGGGAUUAUCGGAUGAUGAUAUGGUUGUUAUGUCCUUGAGUAGUAUAAAUCCCGGAAAGGGUCAAUUAUUACUUAUUGAAUCAGCACAGUUGAUCUUGGAACAAGGACUUUCUCGAAAUACUCUUGAAAUAAAAAACCAAGACUAUUUAAAUGGAACAUCUCUUCAUAACAGGAAACCGAAACUUAAGAUCCUUAUCGGGUCUGUGGGGUCUAAGAGCAAUAAGGUUGCCUAUGUCAACACACUUCUCGAGUUUCUUUCUCAACACACAAACUUGUCAAACUCAGUGCUCUGGACUCCAGCAACUACUCGGGUUGCCUCACUGUACUCUGCAGCAGAUGUUUAUGUUAUGAAUUCCCAGGGACUCGGUGAAACUUUUGGGAGAGUAACUAUAGAAGCUAUGGCAUUCGGUCUUCCAGUCCUAGGAACAGAUGCUGGAGGGACAAAGGAGAUCGUUGAGCACAACAUAACAGGUCUUCUCCAUCCCUUGGGACGUCCCGGAGCUUCUGUUCUUGCCCAAGAUCUUCAAUAUUUGCUGGCGAACCCAUCAGUUCGGCAACAGUUAGGGAGCAAAGGGAGAAAGAAGGUAGAAGGUAUGUACUUAAAGAAGCACAUGUACAAGAGAUUUGGAGAGGUUUUAUAUGAUUGCAUGAGGAUAAAAUAGGUUGUGUAGAGUGGACAUUGUCCAAAAUGCCCUCCUUGAAAAGGCAUCUCAAAGUAUAGUUGUUCACAACGGCCCCCCUUACUUUCUCAUUCAAUGUUGACAUUGCACCCCAUGUCCCCAUUAUACGAUAAGAAGAGUGUGUCGUUCGGUGCUAGUCCUCGACCAAACAGUAAAGUUCGAUAUAACAAAAAUAAUAUGAGACUUUGGGGGGGGGGGGGGUGGCUUCCAAGUAAGGGUAAAGUCGGCAUACAGACCUACACACACGAUGAGCUAUCAUAUUGGUUAGGAGUGGAAUGCUAUGGGCAACGUCGGUUGUAUAAGCAACACAUGAAGGAUUUAUAACCGAAACGACCCAAGACCCAUAUGAGGACGUUGACCCUUAAGGAAGGUUGAAUGUUACGGAUAGGUACCAUUUGCAAGGUAUAGGACUUUUGUAUGAGCAAUAAAUGAGGGAUUUGUAA